AUGAAAAAAAAACAAGAUCCCAAAAUGAAAUCGAAAGGUUUGAUGGGUGAAGAGAAAAAUGAGAAAAAGGAAGGAAAAAACUACUCGAAAAUUCAUAGAAAAGAAGGGAAAAAGGGUGAAGUGUUCUGCUGA